AUAAAGCUAGAGUUUGUUUCUCACUUUACUACUCUCUCCAACCAUCACAAAUUCAUCAUUUACCGAAGCUCUCAAAUUUAUGGCGUCCGCACAAAACGACACGCAACAGCCACUGCUCCAACCUCCCCCACCAUCUUUGCCUUCCCUCAGAUCAGUUAGCUUCACGUACGAAUCAAGUGGCGAGCUCGAAAACGUGUUAUCCGACACCGGCAAGCCCCUCCUUACUCGCCUGCGAAAGGCCUCAUGGAUCGAAACCAAGCUUCUCUUCGACCUCGCCGCGCCGGCGGUCAUCGUCUAUAUGAUCAACUAUCUCAUGUCCAUGUCCACCCAGAUCUUCUCCGGCCAUCUGGGUAAUCUUGAACUCGCCGCCGCCUCUCUCGGCAACACCGGCAUACAAAUCUUCGCCUACGGUCUCAUGUUGGGAAUGGGGAGUGCGGUAGAGACGCUGUGCGGACAAGCAUUUGGUGCAGGAAAAUUUGAAAUGCUAGGCAUAUUCAUGCAAAGAUCAACAGUUCUUCUCACCAUAACCGGGAUUUUUCUCGCCGUAAUCUACGUCUUAUCCGAGCCAAUCUUGCUUUUCUUAGGGGAGUCGCCGGAGAUUGCAUCGGCAGCGGCGGUUUUUGUCUACGGACUAAUACCUCAAAUAUUCGCUUACGGCGUCAAUUUCCCUAUACAGAAAUUCCUUCAGGCUCAGAGCAUUGUGGCGCCUAGCGCAUACAUAUCGACUGCGACGCUGGGCGUCCAUCUCCUUAUGAGUUGGGCGGUGAUUUAUAAGAUUGGAUUGGGGUUGCUUGGAGCGUCGCUGGUGCUGAGUCUGUCAUGGUGGAUCAUCGUGAUUGCUCAGUUCGUAUACAUCAUUAACAGUGAGAAAUGCAGGCAUUCGUGGAGUGGGUUCAGCACGGAGGCUUUUUCUGGGCUUUGGGGAUUCUUCAAGCUGUCGGCAGCGUCGGCGGUGAUGCUGUGCUUAGAGACGUGGUACUUUCAGAUACUUGUUCUUCUUGCUGGGUUGCUGGAUAAUCCUGAAUUGACGCUCGACGCUCUCUCUAUCUGCUUUACAAUAUCUGGGUGGGUUUUUAUGAUAUCCGUUGGAUUCAAUGCUGCAGCAAGUGUGAGAGUAAGCAAUGAGCUAGGAGCUGGAAAUCCGAAAGCAGCAUCAUUUUCUGUAGUACUAGUGACGAUAUUUUCUUUCAUUAUUUCUGUAAUCAUCGGCCUAAUAGUGCUGGCAUUGCGAGAUGUCCUAAGCUAUGUCUUCACCGAAGGUGAAGUUGUCGCCGCUGCUGUCUCCGAUCUUUGCCCGCUCCUCGUCUUAACCUUAAUUCUUAACGGAAUUCAACCGGUGUUAUCUGGCGUAGCCGUUGGUUGUGGAUGGCAAGCUUUUGUGGCUUAUGUUAAUGUUGGAUGCUAUUAUGGUGUCGGAAUUCCAUUGGGUUCACUCUUAGGUUUUUACUUCAAAUUGGGAGCGAAGGGAAUAUGGUCGGGGAUGAUGGGUGGCACAGCAAUGCAAACGCUAAUUUUGAUAUGGGUUACAUUCAGAACAGAUUGGAAUAAAGAGGUGGAAGAAGCUAAGAAAAGGUUGAAUCAGUGGGACGACAAGAUAAAGGAGCCCCUAAAGAGUGUCAAUUAAACAACGCAGACGAGAUCCACCGGUCCAAUUUAGUGCUCAGAAAGGUAUAAACAAUGAGAUUAGAUUGUUCGGAAUAAAAAAUGUAGUCAUCAAUCAAACAGAAACGUAAUAUUUUAUGUAUUAAUUUGCAUUUAGUUUAUGUAUGAAAUAAGUUCAAAAA